GUAUAAAAUUGUUGUUGACAACAGAGAUCUGAAAUUUGAAGGAAAAUGAUAGAAGUUGCACUAGUUAAACGCGGGGCUAGGAUAAGUUUAUCGACAGCAUACGAUGAAAAGUAUCCGCCUGAAAACAUCAUUGAUGGGUAGGUUUUAAAUAAAUCACAUUAACACAUAUAUUAAUAUCAUCAGGGAGACAAGGACCGUGUCAAUGUUUAUUGAUAUUCAUAUUGAAUGAGGUUGCAUGAACAUGCUAUAAUGAAGGUUAUAAUUUAUCGAGCCAGGUUGCAUUCCAUGUAAACUCUAUGUCGGAGAUACGGCGAUACAAGAUAGAUAAGACAUCAAAAUAAAUAGCCAUGGAUAUUGAGCAUAUGCCAAUAUUUCAAAACAAUUUACAUAAUUUGGGGACUAAAACCUAGGACCUACUGACCUACAGUAGGUCACAUGUAAUAGGCAAUCCUGUGUGCCUGACUGGAAAGCUUGGAAAUUGUGUGGCCAAGAUUUAGAAAAUUUAAUUAACAAUUAUUCGCCAAAGGCGAGGUGAUUAUCGGUGAAUAAAAACCAAGACGAAGUUGAGGUUUUUAUUCACAAUAAUCACCGAGCCUGAGGUGUAUAAUUUCAUAGUUGAUUAUUUGGAAAAAAAUUUUAAAAAUAGUUACAUGUUUCUUUGUAGCCCGCGUGCAGGCCCAAGGGAGCAGGCUCAAGGGAACUUGAUAGUGGGCCUGCAAGCAAGGCCCGGUAUUUUGUACUUUCCGCGUUCGCCCACAAACGCGGCAUUCUGAUUGGCUGUUUGCUGUUGGAUUCUAUAAUUAGGUCAGUGAUUCAUCACAAAGGCUCUCGAUAAACUCAAAAUUCGAAAAUUGAUCACUUUUUUCGAUUAUAAAUGGAACGAGAACAGACUGUUUAUUGUUUACUAGAAGGAAGAGAUGUUUUUGCCGUUAUGCCAAUGGGGAUUGCUUGUCGUGAGUUGUUGGAAUAGCAACAUUACGACUGGGGUAAACUAUAGUAACCUUUACUUGAGUUUCAUUAAUUUCAAACAGACUUGAUACGUUAUAUGUUCCUCAAGAAAAUGAUCUUUUGCUUGAUGUUGAGAUGCAGUUGCAUGUAAGCCUAUUCGAAACACUUCAGUGCGAUUUACAAGGCUUCGCUGAGAGAACGAAACAGAAGACGGUAUAUUUAAAUUGCCGUUUGAAACGAAACGAUCUGGACUCUGAACGCUCUCUUCUUUUGUAGAGUUCUUUACCAAAUGAAAUAACUGAAAUAAAUUUCGUACUUUCCGCCGCCAACAAGAAUUGCACACACGAUCUGAUAAGUGAGACAAUUUAUUUAUAACAAUGCCAACGGCGACAGCGAAACACACAUUAUAAAUGCUAAUGUGGUCGCACGACUUCCCUCACGAUUUGAAGUUUGAGACUGGUUUUCUGUUGAAAUUCGUCCUAAUUUGCCUGUUCCGAUUUUAGUUGAAAAUGAGCACUUGCAAAUUUGGCAAUUACUGACUGCGUUGCUUGCUUUUUUGGAGUUAAAACGCAGCCAUUUACACAUUGUUUAUGUUCUGAAUAUGCAGAGAAAACCCCGCAACAUUUUAAUGCGAGUUUGUUUGUUAAUAUUUGGGUGCUGUCAUUGGUUCUUUUUUGACAAUUGACGCGCGAAUGGGGCGUGUUAUGAAAAGGGGCGUUUUACAAAAUACCGGGCCUUGCUUGCAGGCCCACUAUCAAGUUCCCUUGAGCCUGCUCCCUUGGGCCUGCACGCGGGCUAGUUUCUUCGUCGUUUAAUUGACAAAAUGGCUUUGACUGUCAUUUCAAAAAUUGCUUAAUAGACGAUUAAGCACCUCAACGGCAACCAAUCAGCAUGGAGAAUUUUCAAUAAUCACCUAUGUAAUUAUACUAAUAGUAAAUAUAUAGAAAGCAUCAAAAUUGCGCACCUGAUAUCUCGGGCGCACAGUACAAACUUUCCACACUGGCCAGCCUGUGUGCUUUGGAGACUGAAAACUGUAUUUAGUAAUCUCACACAAAUCCAGACUAGAAAGUUUGCAAAAUACACUUGCAAAGGAGACAUUUUUGUUUGCCGAAAGUAUGCGCACAAAAAUUUUGAAAAUUAUGCAGACUACCAAUUUUUCAGUCUGUGUCCACGCCAGUGGUCCGCACAAAAAAAUAAGAAGAAAUGAGAUGACGUAAAUGCCUCUCAGUCACUACUCUGUGUACACCUGAUUACAGACCUGUAGAACAAUGGGAAUCCAAGAUGGCAGAGAGAUGUUUAUUCAUUUGUUUAUUUCAUUAUUUAUUUAAACUAGUUACAUGCCAAAAAUAUUUAUUAAUCCACUUGUAAUUGCCAUUAUUAAUUUUAACUGCAGCAAAAUAUUUUGCAUGCAAUAUGGUCAAUAUUUUCUCCACAAUGUGCUGCAUGUGCAUUUUAUGCUGAAUUGCUGCGCAUAUGCGCACAAGUUUUCUAAAAGUGUACAUUAUGCAGACAGCCAAGGGUCUAAAGUGGGCAAGGGAGAAAUCAUUUUCCAGUCUGGACACCAAAUGUACUGUACCAAAGACUUUGUCUUUGACUCUCAUGUCAAUUUACGCUGGCCCAACAAAUUUAGUAUCACCGCACAGCAGAGAUCUCAGGCAAGGAUUGCAUGGAGUAUGCACCCUGCACGUUAUCAACUAGAAGUCAAAAGCUGAAGUUCAUAACACAAUCUAUUUUAAUUAUAAGCUUUGAUAAUUUAGUUAACACAUUAACCCCCUGAGUGGCAAUCCACCAUACAGGAAUGAGGUACUUUAUUAAUAUUUUACUCUGCCUUGACUCUAAUGCCAAACGAUUUUACUUGUCAAGGGGAGUUUGCUGCCACUCGAUGGGUUACAUGUAAGUUGUAUUUCGCCCUAGUGCCAGGCAAUUUUACUUGUCAAGAGGAUGGCACAGGUUCAAUAGAUUAAACUCAGGGGUGGCAUAUGUUGCAGUGCUCAGUUAGGGUGAAUGUUAGGUUGUUUUUAAAAGAUUAUACAACACUAGAUGCCAAGUCCUCACUCAUUUGUCAGUCAGAUCAGAAAUCGUGAAUUCUUUUGUCACAACAAAACGUAAGUGAAUGCAUGGUACGUGGGUGAGAUCAGUGCAUGAUUAUACAGCGCCUGAAAUUUGCAGUUGUAUUCCAUUAUCAGAGGAUACUAAGAUUUGGUUUUGGAUACCAAACUGUGAAUGGCUUGUAUCCCAACUGGAUAUUAUAUCACAAAAUUUCAAACAUUAGGAUGCUGUGAGAGCGCUCAAUCUCCAACUAAGUGGUCUGCCAAUGGCUUUAAAUACUAUGACCAGUCUGCCUUCUUGGAAAUAAGCAGCCUUUGAUUUCCAACUUGCGGCAUGUUUUGUUGUAGACUGUUGAGUCUCUUGUUGUUAUUGUAAUUUAUAACAAUUAUGAUAGUUACAGCACUGUAUAAUAUGUCCUUUGAUUGGUUCAGGGAUGCCAUAAAUUGUGUUAAAUAUAACCACUAGUAUCCAAAUGUGGGGUAUUUGAUGUGAUUCUAGAACUUUAUUUAAUCCUAGUCUCUCAGCACUUGGGAUACUGCCGAGAAAAUUUUAGACCUUGGAUUAAAACAUGCUUAUAAUGUCAUAAAUUUACACUGUCCAGUAAGCUGUCAGUAUGCCAAGAAUUAUUUUCAUUCUCUUUGUAAUGAUCUCCCUAAGUGGACAGUGGUGGUCAUUUAAAAAAAUGAAUAUAAUUUGUCCACAUGAGUAAUCGAAAUACAAAUUAAAGUUUUUGCAUGACUUCUACAUGCUUAGACAAAGUUAAUAUUCAAGAUUAGAAGUCUCCUUUACCCUGACUUGUCUUAAAGGACAUAACAUUUACCAUCAGACUUACAUUUCUCCAUUUUGAUCAUCCCAAGUCUCUCAAUUCGAAAUGGCAUUUCCUGUAUUUUGAGGGAAGAUUUAAACUUUUUUAGAAUACUAAUUUAAACAUUAUAUCCUAAACACACGCCUUGUUAAAUAAACUAAACAUUUUUAGUUAUUUAAUUACUCAGUCCCCAGGCCCACGCUGCCAAUGGGUCGACAAUAUGAUCGUCCCGUCAAAAAAUGUUCUUUAUCAAUCGGGUUUGACGUGACGCUUAUACCUGUUGAAAAAUCUGAGCCGGGUUUUACCUUUUCCAUUCACGACUGUAGCGAACACUGCGUUAUACUGUAUAACUUUUAUGUUUGCCAACAUACUUUGCUUUGAUAUUUCCUUUGUUGGUGUAAUGUACUCAGGUGAAUAAGAUGCUUGUAAUGUUACUCUGAGUGUAUAUCCACACCGGGCAAGCUUGAAAAAUAUUCCCACCGUGGCCAGGCAUAUUUUUCAAGCCUGCCCGGUGUGGAUAUACACUCAAAGUAACAUCACAAGCAUAUUUUGCUUUAUUCGUACAGCAACUUUCUCUUUGUUUAUUGUAUGCAUGUACUUUAUGUAUCUCCAACUGUACAUGGAAUAUUCUUUAGAAUGUUUGCAAUAUAACCCAUGCAUGCACAAACAUGUGUUGUGCGAAGAAGUUAAUAAUUUAAUGUAUAAUAAACGCACAUGUAGAGUACAGCGAUUAUAGUAUUUUAUUUUUGUUAGUGUCUCCAAAGCUUCAACCAGAAAUGUAAAGAGGUCCAGGUUAUCAAUUAGUGUUCUGCUAAAUUAAUCAUAAGUAGGUCUAGUAUAACUAGUCAGUAUAAAGGAACCAAUGAAAUUACCAAAGAUAGUGUGUGGGAUCUGUGAUAUGAAGUCCUAAUCUUGAAAGCUGCAAAUGUAGAAAAAGUAGGUUAAAAUGAUAAUAAUCUGUAAGUUACUUUUGGCAAUGAAAUGAGUUGUGAUCUUGGAUAAUUAUUUCCUAAUGCUUGUGAUAGGUCUGAGUACUUUUAUGUAGAAAAUUAUUAAAAAUUGGAACCUUGUUUCUUUGAUUUUUGCUUUCGCGUAAUAAGUUGUGGAGAAGGAGGACAUGGUUGUACCACGUUGAAAUGAUCUGUGUAUCCCAAGCUUUCCAAAAAUUUCUAUUUUUUGAGCCCUGUAGAACAAGCAAUCAAAGAUUUGAUCAACAAAAGAAGAAAACGACAACAACAACACAAAUUUAUUUCAUUCAAAUUCAAACCUCGCUUUAAUUCCCAAGUCGAUGCAAUAGGUGGUGUUGGACUGCAAGUUUAUAUUCUCUAAUCCUAUUGUAGAGGAGGUUGUGUGGAAACUGAACUUUCCCUGUAUUUUCGUUCCGGUGCGUUGUGGCCUAUAUAUAACAAGCAGUUAAUGAUGUACUUUAAUUGUCUUAGUCAAAGAAUAUUGACAAAAAGAUAACCGUGAUGCUUUGGUAUAGGAACUUUCUCUUUUAACACAUGAGGAUGUUAAAAACCAAACAUCACUUUGAGGGGUAUUAGUUAUCCAGAUGAGUUGCAAUCACAGAAACUUCUCUUCUUAAGUCCGUGCAUCCUUCGAAAGUAUUAAUGUGCUGUGAUAACUACAGACUCCGUCAAACGCUCCAACUUGAGGAAUGAAAUGCAGUUAUCUUUGAGUAUUGCAGUGAGAGCCUUUACAUAGACACUGUAUCAAAACAUAUUUUAAGUUUUAAUGUUGAAUUAUAUUGAUUAUUAUUUCUUGGAAUCAUGUUGUCUGGUGAGAAAUUUACAUUAUAUAUUUGUCAAUGAUAUCCAAUUAAAUUAAAUUAUGAAAAUAAAAUAUAGAAAUAAAUUUAAAUCCGCAUUUGCAGAAAGUUUAGAGUACAACCUAGUUUUACAGUAUGUACUGUACCUCAUUUAUUAAUCUUGUGAAUGAUAUAAAGUUGUCAAUAAAUAUGUAGAUCAGUAUCUGAAACAAAAACGACACGGUUAUAAAGUGAUAUAUAAUAUUUGUUGUGUUGUAAUGUACUCAGGUGAAUAAGAUGCUUGUGUGAUGUUACUCUUUUAUUCCAAAUCAUCUUAGAACAUCCCGAGUUACAAUUAACGAAAUUAGGCAUCGUGUUUGGUAUUUUAGUAGUGUUUGGACUUUGAUAUAAUAUGUCUUUCCAAUAUUGGAAAGUUUUCUUCCGAAUUCUAGACUGAAAUAUAAUCCUUGUAAAAGGAAUCCUACGAUAAAUAUCUUUAUCCACACUGAAAAACUUUUCAAGCAGUAUAUCAAUAAUAAAAAUUAAGUUUGCUUACCAAUAAAAACGAUGGAAAUUUACGAUACAAAUAACAACGUGGUCGGCAAUUUUUUCGAUGAUGAUUGUCGGCAAUUUUCGUGGUCGGCAAUUUUUUCGAUUCUUUCGUGGAUCACCCCUCACAAGCGAUUUCUCCCCCCCCCCCCCUGACUAGCUUUGUCUCGUCAAUUCCAAUAUGUCACUGUUUUUUGUUGGUUGUCACACAUUGCUGUAACAUGCAGUAAUGUUUCUUCGUGGGUCUUGUGGGUAUAUGGAUAAAGUUACGUUCACCACGAUUUGUCGUCCGGUUUCUGAGUUGGCGAAAUGCGAAUGACGACUUUGUAGUCCGUUGACAACAUAUCAUCUAUCGACAUCAUCAACUGAAAGUAUUCGUCCUUGACAUGAAAUCAUGCCCGACAAAGCAAGUUGAGUUUACACACAGUGGUCUUCAUUCACAUCUGUUGUUUGUGACAUAUACUUCUGUGAAAAGAUCUUGACAUUCAAGGUACCGGUAUUACAUAUUAUCGAUGUAGACAUUGGGAAUGUUCAUAUAUAUGUUUCGAUUAAAUAAAUCUGGAUGUGAACACUAUAUAGAACUCGUGUUUGGAAACCACCGUUUUCUAAAUGUAAAUACAGAUUUAAUUCCCGCACUCUUCGAGAACUGCCAAACUUCACAGUACGUCUCCGAUCUAAAAUGCAAAAACAGCAGAUUUUGUUAAUUAUUUCUGAUUACGAUUUAUCAAUUUCACCACUCAUAAUCAUUAAUUUCUGUGACCAUGUUAUUCUUUUUCGUAGACACUAAUGUAGUAAAUAUUCUGGAUUCUUCGUUGUUUCUAUAUGAUUUGCAAACUAUCAGACAGCUGCAUGACAUAUAAGCCCAUGCACAUUCAGCACACACGUAUUUGACAGCUUUUCUAUUAUUGUCUAUUUCCAUACUUUAAUUUAUUAUAAUGUGAAAUGUCUUGUAGAGCUAUUGAAAUUACGAUUUUUUACUUACCCCAUGGUGUGAUAAAAGUUAUAGAACCACUGAACCAGUCCGGUUAUGUGGAGAUUAAAUACUUAUAGUAUGAGUGUGGACUGUUUGUCGUUUUCGACCCAUUUUGAUUCUACAAGACAUUUUAAUACCUUUUGACAAACCGUCAUUUAUUUUACAGUAAGCAUUUUGGGUUGAUUUAAAAUUAAUAAAUUUACACCUACACUAACUCAUACUGUACACAAACAAUCUUGCCUUGUAUUUCACGAUGUCAUAUUUUGUUGUUUGUUUAAUGCUCAUUGCAUGUUUAAAAUAAUUCUCUUUCCUCUUCUAAAAUCUUACUCUUUCCAAUACUGGCAGUCCGCUAUGCUUUUGAGAUCAGUGAUGAUCUGGCCACCUAUGUCUCCCAUGCGCCGCGAUAAUUGAAUGAGAUUUCAAUCCGCUUCCUGCCCUUUCCAGAAUUAUUUAUUUAUUAACUUUACAACCAUACAUAAAAUAGAUUAAACCACUACAUAAUAUGGUUGAAGGUAUGAUCAACAGGACAUGAAUAGCCCCAUGUGAAGACCAACCUUAAUGUGAAGACCAACCUUACCUUAAUUACUACCCUCGCCACGAUUUUCGCACGAUGCUUUCUGAGAAUAAGGUGAAGAAGCAAGAUUUUUACAGGAUUGUCUUGAUUUUGCUGUUUUGUUCCUAUUUUUACAGAAAUAAUAACACGUUCUGGUCGACGACAGGAAUGUUUCCUCAAGAGUUUGUAAUAAGUUUUCCUUCCACAGUGGAAAUUGAUGCUAUCAAAAUGACGUGUUCAAACGGUAAUCUUGAUUUUUGAGAUCCCUAAAUAGAGAGUUAGUGCUGUAAAAUUAAUUUGAACCCCACCCACUUUUCAUGACUAAACCCACUUUUGAAGACCUUACCCUGAAUACUGACAAUCAUAAACUUUUAGAGAGCCAUAUGCGACAUAAUUCUAAGACUUAAAUUGUAUGACUAACAUCGGUUUCAAGUGACUGUAUAACUGUAGGUGCUAUAAAUGUGUUCUCAUGUCCAGAAAUCAUGGACAUGGUUUAUUCUACUUCCUUCGCAAUUUGCAUAUCACUUUGAAAUAUGGCUUCAACAGUAAACAGCGAAUUAGCCAUUUCCCAAUCGAGCAGAGGACUGGGACUAGUUGAUGUUUGCAGGGACGUUUGAAUUGUUGCGUUUCACGGUGCACAAAUAACUUUAAGAAUGCAGGAAAACUUCCUAGAUGCCAUAUUCGGCAUAUUGUUUAUUUUUUGUUUCUCUAAACAAGCGACUUGACCCAGUCCUCUGCUCGAUUGGGAAAUGGCUAAUUAUAUACCGCGACGUUGUUAUUCGCAAAAUCUGAGAAUAAAGUAAAUCGUUUACAACUUGCCUCAAUCGCUGGCUGUAAAACAAAGUCUGUCGAAGUAUUUAGUGUAAUGUGAACCUGAUUUCAGUUACUCCCUCUUCUGCAUUUUCAAUAUAUCUGUACGGAGGUUAGUUUUUUCGACAUUUGUCUAUUUAAUUCUACAUAAAAAUACCCUACUACUGCCACUAGGAAAAAACGAAAAUGCAGAAAAGCCAGCCGAACUUAUGCCAGGCAAACAUUACACUAAAUGUUUCUGCAAACUAUAUUGUGCAACUAGCAAUUGAGGGAAAUUGCAAACGAUCUUCCUGCAUGAUUGUGCGAUGAACAGCAUCGCGUAAUAUAAUUCACUGUUUACUGCAGAAGCCAUGUCACAGACCUUACACAUGUCACAGAACUUAAAUAUAAAAUUGAACCAACCGACGGUUUUGUUACGUAUAAGAUUUACCUUACUUUAACCGUUACAAAUCACUCAAAAUCAUUUCGACUGCUAGGACAAUAUAAAGGUAUAAAAACUAAAACAAUGUAUAAACGAUACAAUAUUUUAGUUAUAGAAUGAGUAACAUACGAAAAUAUCUUCAAAAUCGCCUCAAAUUUCGAUAAUACGAACCAAUUUAUUAUGCCAAAUUUGUACAAAUUUAAUCCCUAAAACUGAGGACAUUUAUGUAUGGCCAAGCAAUCUAGCCAAUUGUUCGCCAAUUAAGGUCCGCGACAGGCUAUAUUUCAACGGGUUGGGAAUGCAUCGAUGCUUUAUGCAUCGAUGAUAUGCGAAUUAGUUAGGAAGUAGAAUAAUGUCCCCGAUUUCUGCAUGCCAUGUGAAUAUAUGAAGAAAUUUCGUGAUGAAAUUUUAAAAAUAGUUAAUACUAUGUGAGAAAUUUGCAUCGUAACGUUUGUUAUUAGAUAGCUUAAGAUCUACGACGUCGACGUCAGCUAGGACGUCAGGGCUAUGCAGAGGACUGGGACUAGGAUGUCGUCCUAAUGUAGUCCCAGUCCUCUGCUUAGCCCUGACGUCCUAGCUAACGUCGACGUCGUAGAUCUUAAGCUAUCUAUUGUCAGCUACGGACAACAUGUGAUUUCAAGUAAUAUUUAUAAGAAUGUCAAAUCGUGUUAGUUGUUAUUAAUUCAAAUUGACCGUAUAACAAUCCCAAGCAAUUUUCGUCAUAGUAACAUGCUAUUAAAUGAGCAAAAAAGUCUACAACGAACAUUUAAAGUACACCGUCAUGUUCACUUCAAAGAAAACCACUCACUGAUGCAUGCAUACAGUAUAUACAAGAGAGUAUUUCCUAAUAUUGUACAGCAUAUACUGUAUGCAUUGCUUGUAACGGCUGUUAUUUUGAAUCGGAUGGGCGCUUUCGUAAUCAUAAAUCACACAACGUUGUCUUGGUUGUGCUGUAGAAGUGCCAGUUUGUGUCACCACACUUUCGUGUUGUGUUGAAAGAAAGGUGGAAAAUAAGAAUAAGACACUCGGCCCAUUUUAAGAUACUGAUCCUUUCGGAGCCUAGGAAGCCCACAAUUAUAGACCAAUUCAUUGGGGCAAUGAUGCAUCAAACGAAUGGUUUGUGAUGUCGUUUUGUUAACGUUUCAUUAUGAGGGCAAAUUAUGACGCCAGUACGGGUAUACUUCUUGAUACCCUGCACUGGGACAAUCUUUCUCUGCGUCGCAUAAAGCUCAAAGCUGGUCUAAUGUUUAAGACGCUAAAAGGAAAUAUGCCUUCUUAGCUACCUCCAAGAUAUUCGGUGAUGAAUAUCUAUCUUGCUUUUUAGUAAAACAAAUGUGUAUUGAAAAAUCAUCCGAACAAGAACCUGUUGAUUUCGAACCACUUUCAGAAAAAGGUUGGUAUUGAACUCAUUCAAAUGCGUCAGUUUUGCCUUGAUUUCGCUGAUAUCAAUGAACAGUCAUAAACUCAUUUCCUUGUUUAGAACUAAGUAACCUCGAUGGACAGCUACAAAUGGACGAAUUUCCGGUAAGGCAAUAAUUUGUGAUACGGAUGUAGCCUAGGGCAAAAGCGUUUGGGUGAAGUUUGAGUAUAAAACAGAUUUUAAUAUACAUGUAGUUAUUGUGGCUAUAUUUCGCAGCGUUUUAGUGUGAAUACAGUACAAACCUAUUAAAUAUAUAGACUGUACGUAGAAUAUCACUCUGAGUACGUAAUCAGAAUUUAUAUUUUAGGAAAAUUCUGCGGUCAAAGAGAACUUGUUAUCGAUAAUGCGUGUGCUUUUCAUCACUUCGACGGGAAAUAAUCAAAAUGAGAAUAUCUUUUGUCGAUUACUUGACACCACCUAGAAACUCAUCAGGCAUGAUGAAAGCUCCUUAUUUCGCGUAUAUAAAUUGAGAGAAUAGUUCAAAUCGGAGCUGAUUCUCUGGAGAUAUCAUGGCUGAAUAUAUUGACCAUCUUUAAGCUCUUGUGCAAAACCCACCCUGAAGGUCGUAAAACAUACUUUUUCUGUUUUUAUUGUGGUUCCUACGCGUUGCUAAGGUAAAAUGAAACUGACCAAUCAGAUACGAAUUUUCCGAAACCGGUAUCGUGAUUGGCUGAAACGAUCGCUAGUUGAUUACUGCAUAUUAUUGCCAGUUAACUAUAGUUAUAUACUGUAAACUUAUUACUGCAUAUUUAAUUGCGAAACUAUUUAAUGGCUAUUUUUUUACAAGAUUCUGCAUGCCCUACAAAAAUUGUGUGACCUUCGUACCGGCCCUUCCAUACCAACGGGAGGUCACAACCAAUAGGCAAUUCCAGCUAUAUAGACUAAAUUUUGAUCUAGGCAAGAAGAACAAAAUCCAUCAGCACAGCUAGAAAGAGCAUGUUCAAAUUAGUAAAAUUGCAAAGUUUGGUUGCGAAAUGUUGUAAAAUGAGGAAAAUAUAGCCCUGUGAAGUUCGCAAAUUUUGUAUAUAUUUGUAUUACGCGCUGUAAAAAUAACAUGCACUUUCGGCUCAAAAAUAGUUAUUUUUCACGCGCGUAAUACAAAUCUAUACUAGAAAAUACAUGCAUGCAGAAACCCCUCGCCUUGCUGACAAAACCAUUUUAAAGGCUAAAUAUUUAAAGUAGUUGUCGUGGUAAGUAUUUAAAGUAGUUGUCAUCACUUUUAAACACAAAAUUAUCAAUUCCCCAAACAUAUAUAUGUUAGGUAUGUUAUUAUACGUAAUAUAAGCUUCAAUUUAAGGUAUAAUUCAACUUCAAAAUGCUUCGCAAGACGUUUUAAAAUGUUCUUUAUAAAACUAAACUGCCUUUAUCGAAAAACUUUGAGUUUGAAAUAAAAUGAUUUUAAAUUCUCGCACUCAAAAAACUUUGCUUUUUUUUUAUUUAUUUCUUAUUUAAACAUUUUAAGUAUAGGUAAUAGCAUGGUUUCGAGUGCAAUUUGGAUAUAACAUGCACGAGUGAGUUUUUCAAAGACCUCAAAAUAGCACGAGUCCGAAGAACGAGUGCUGUUUGAGGUCUUUGAAAAACUCACGAGUGCAUGCAUGUUUAUCCAGAUUUCACGUGAAACCAUGCAUGCUAUUACUUAUUAAUAAUAUACAUAAAAAUGUUCGAGACAAUUAUAGUUUUAAUUGUUCGAGAAAAAAAUGUUCGAGACAAUUGUACCAUUUUAGGAUACCUAUCCACGCGUAAACUUUGGAAAAAAAUUUUUGGCGAGAGAAACGCUUGGAAGAAUUUUUUUUCACUAAUUACGAAAAUGUGUUACCUGAAAAUUAAAAAGCGGACCCAUUGGUAACUUGUAUAAUCUGAAACUUUAAGACUAAGUUUGCAAAAUAUGAUUGUUAUAAACUUUUUGGGGGUUUGUUUAGUCGAAAAACCUUGAAUAGUGUUAUAACAUUAUAUUUCAAACAAAGUUACAUGCGUUUUUGCGCAUGUGGGUUUUGGGGUACAUAGAGUUAAAAACACACAAUUUUACUAGGUCAUAUCUUUUACAAUAAUUACAAGCAAUAAAUGAGAACUGUCAGGAAGAACUCACUUUAGGCAAGUUUACUUGAAGACAAAAGGAUUUAUAAAUUGAGUAUAUUUUAAAAGAAUUAUAGCGAUGUGCUUUUGUGUGGUUUUUAGGGUACAUAUACCUGUACGUUUAUAGCGAACAUUCCACUGCCAAAGUUCUCCUGGCUUUGUUAUAUCACAUUAUACAACGCUAACAGCUUGAAAAUUCCACUCAACAGUGUAAGUUUUGUUUGUCUUGUUCAAGAUAAAGGCUUUUCCAUUUAAAAUAAAGAUAAAAGCGAUAUUUUCCACGCGAAGUCAACUUUUACUUUAUGUAGCAUGGCGCCAUGUUUGUUUUGUUUUGAAGCAAUCUGUGACCGUCACUUCUUUAAACUAAACUGCUUUAAACUGAUUGGUUGAUUUUAUCAUCACAAUGUUUUUCCACCAAUCAGAUCAGUUUGUUACAGAUCUUUGCACUGUUGUUACAGAUUUUUGCACUGCUGUUUGGGAUUAAAUGCACUGAAAUCAACCAAUCACAGUCGAGUAAUAUUUUAUGUAUAUUAUUAUAUAAUAAAAAAGGUUAAUUAAUAAAGAAACACUGAAAUUAUAUGCUGUCUUUUUUAUUUAAAAUAUACACAAUGAUCACGACAGCUUUUAAUGUCGCUAUAAAGCGAACAAUACAUCAAUAUUUAAAACAAACCUACCUUCGUUAACGUCGGCGCCUUUACACCCUUCUUUUAGCAAUUCUUUCGCCUUUAUUUUCUUAAAAAGCUUUUGAAAUUACAAAAUCUUGCAAAAAUGAAAUAUAUUUGCAAGAAAUCAUCAAAUCAAGAAAUGUUUGCUAUUUCCCUGUCGUCAUGCAGUCGUUAUAAUGCAAAUUUUAAAUUUGACCAAUCAGUGUUCGCUAUUAAUAAUAAUAAUAAUAAUAAUAAUAAUAAUAAUAAUAAUAAUAAUAAUAAUAAUAAUUUAAUUGUUUAGAAGCUCGAUAAAAUUGUACAAAGUUAAGAUUAAAAUUCAAUAUAUAAAAGAAAUAUAUGUUUUGAUCUAUACUGAUAAUAUUAAAAAAAUUGUCAUUUUGUUCUAAGUUUGUUUUUUUUAAAACGAAACAAUCCUUUAAAUAAAAUGUUUAAAUAAAAUGUUUAACUGCUAUAAUAAUAAUAAUAAUAAUAAUAAUAAUAAUAAUAAUAAUAAUAAUAAUAAUAAUAAUAAUAAUAAUAAUAAUAAUAAUAAUAAUAAUAAAUUUAUUACUUAUAUAGCGCUAUUUACAGUAAUUGAUCAAAAGCGCUUCACAGAGUUACGAAUAGAUACAAUAUUUACAUUAUUGAUUAGUUGCAUGCAUUGUUACUGAUGAAUUCAUCAAAUAUUAACAUUCUUAAAAUUCAAUAUCCGUAUCUUAUAAAAAGUCAGUAAAAACGUUCCUAAAAAGAUGAGUUUUAAUUGAUUUCUUGAACAAGUCAAUAGAUGUAAGUGAACCUAUACCAAGUGGAAGACUAUUCCAAAGAUGAGGUGCAGCCGCGUGAAAGGAUCGAGCACCCAAGGUAGUAAGCAUCCUUCCUGCUGGAGGUUCCAGUAGAGUGCCACUGUUAGAUCUUAAGCUGAAGGACGACUUCGAUUUAACAUUUAUGAGAUCCUUAAUAUAAGAUGGUGCUAAAUCGUGUAUAGCUGUAAAAGCAAAUAGUAAUACCUUGAAUUGUAUUUCUUGCAUGUACCGGAAGUCAGUGUAAUUCAUACAGUACGGGCGUAGUAUGAGAAUAUUUCGGAACGUCCAUUACUAAUCCUGCAGCGGCAUUCUGAACACGCUGUAGUUUAGAUAUUUGCUUUCCAGGGAGACCAUAAAAUUAGCUAUUACAGUAGUCGAGCCUGCUGGUGAUGAAAACAUGUACUAGGAUCAGUAAGUUGUCUCUUGAUAGAUAUUUCUUAAUUCGUCUGAUAUUAAGCAGGUGGAAAAAGCAGGCUUUACAUACUUUUGUGAUAUGAGUAGUCAUGUUUAAGUUCGAGUCCAACCAGCUGCCAAGGUUCUUAAUAUGCAGGCUAGGAGAAUUAUUAACUGAAAUGCUGAUAGGCUGAAGUUUACAUAAUUGCUGACGAGUGGCAAUGACCAAGAAUUCAGUUUUGCCAUCGUUCAUCAGGAGUUUAUCCUGGAUCAUCCAGCGUCUUAUCUUUUCGAUACAAGACUCCAUCGCACGUAAAGCGUCUUCCUGUGACGUACUUAAACUUGGCCUAAAACUGAGAUAGAGCUGUGUGUCGUCGGCAUAACCAUGUGAGUCAGGAAGCUGAUCUUCAAUUAUUUUAAACAGCUUGGAUGCAUAUAUAAUAAAAAGAAGGGGACCCAAGCACGACCCUUAUGGAACUCCUGAGUCCAAAUCGAAACGUUGGGAUAGUAUACCUUCGAUAGAGAUUUGCUGACCUCUGUUGUGCAGGUAUGAUUUGAACCAAUCCAAGACUUUUCCGUGAAUGCCAAACUCAUUUUGGAGACGGCGAAGCAAUAUUUCGUGAUUGGCAGUGUCAAACGCGGAACUUAGGUCAAGUGUAACCAGUAAAGUAACUUCUUGCGAGUUCAUUUUUAGCAGGAUAUCGUUUGGAAUUAGUCCACCAUAUUUUUUAGAUCAGUGAGGAUGACCACCCACCGAAACACCGUUGGUGACCCACACACGUGAUCAUUGAUGAACUUCAGAAUUCGCACUUCAAUCAUUGACGAACUUCAGACUUCGCACGCCCGGAACGGCGCUGCGCGCCGUUGGCUCGGGGACAAAAUGUACGAACUUCACAGGGCUGUAUUUUCCUCAUUUUACAACAUUUCGCAACCAAACUUUGCAAUUUUACUAAUUUUAACAUGCUUCUAGCCGUGGUGAUGGAUGUUGUUCUCCUUGCCUAGAUCAAAAUUUAGUCAAUAGCUGGAAUUGCCUAUUGGAAUUGUGAUCUUUCCAUCAUGCAUGCAUGAGGCCUUGUAAAGGAGGCAGUCCAUAGGUAUAUACGAGACCUAUAUUUUGAUGUAUACCUACAUAGCGGAUGCGGACCUUAUAUUGAGCGUUUUAUAGCCAGUUUCAAUGUCCGUCUGCAACAAUCGGAUGGCAGUUAAGAGGCUAGCCUUCUCUUCCUCAGCUAGAGGUUUUUAGCUUGGUGUUCACAUCAGAAAGGAUAGAACCAAGGUUAUUUAGCCUUUCGUACAAGGCUACAUUUUCUUCUCUUAAUUGGCUGUUUUCUUGGCGAAGGCUUUCUACGUGGGCUUCAUUAAUUACUUUCGGCACUUCGGAUCGUUGGUCUUGAAGUUCAAGCUUUAAUAAGAUUAGAUGAGCUUUUAAAAUUCCAACGGUGUCCUCAAGGGAAUAGAUUCGCUCGUUGUUGAUUAGAUAUGGCGUCUUGCAUGCCUGGUCGUUCGUUGUUGGAUGAAUUCCAAUUUCGUCGAGUGAAGGUCGUUAUCGUCGAGAUUUGCUGUAAUAUUCACUGCAUUAGUCGCAUACAAUUCGAGUUGUUUUCCUAUAUCUUUGGCUUUUAACCCACUUAUUGUUAUAUUAUUGCUCGAACGAUCCAAGCGUAGUGAAAGCUCUUCGCUUUUUAGAAGCUUCGCAUUUCCACCAGGAGUUGACAAUUUGCCUUUCAUCUUUAAAACUUCUUCGGUAAACAUCUGUAAAGCUGCAAAAUCGCCUUGCCAUUUGUAUUUACCCUUUUCGGUAAAGACGAGUGGAAAUCGUUGAGAGGGUCACGUGCCGAUCCAAUAUUUUACUAUAUUGGACAGGAACCUAUUGGACAGUUGCGAAUUGUGGCUUUUUUCAUGGUUUUUCAACCCUUUUCAGAUGUUUUGUCAAUUUCAAACAUACAACAAGCGAUAUGGCAGAGUAAUGAAAAUAAUUUGGGACAUUAAUACAGUUUUUUUACCAGUUUUCAGAAAACUUGUCUUCGCGAAAUUUAUUUGUUUGCAACAGCCUAAAAGUUAGUAAUAUUAUUUUUUUCGUUAAAAUUAGGUCAAAUUUCCUUUAAACAUACAUGGAGUUUAUUUAUACACACAUAUUUGUAAAAACAGGUUUAUUAACUUUUUGUUUAGUUAUUUACUGCAAAUUCGCCGCCCAUAUAUGUAGUAAUGUUGUCGCUGUAGUAUUCUUGCUGUAUUACUUUAUCGCUUAUUGACAAUUUUUUGUUAUAGAAUUGUUUUGUUCGAUAUAAUAAAACUCUUGUUGGAUUCAUCUUCGCCCAAUAUGGCAAAAUAUUAAGUCUCGACUUCAAUAUUAGGCUCGACCUUCGGUCUCGCCCAAUAUUGAAGUCUCAACCUAAUAUUUUUCCAUAUUGGGCUCAGAAGAAUCCAAUAAGAUAUAAUAUACAAUAUGUCAAACAAUGGGAUAUUUAAACCUAUUAAUGCCAAAAGUAAAAACGGUGUAAAUACCAAUAUACGGAAAAGCACCAAAAAGUUUUUAGAAAUAUAAGAGCCCUGAUAAUAUUGAAGCACUAGUACCUUAAAGUUUACUCCAUGCCAAAGAUUAUCCAAAAUUUUAUGUAGUCCUUGGUCGAUAAAGACCUACCUCUGAAUACAUGGUUGGGAACGGCUAAACGGAUAGUUAUUACUGAGAAAAUUAUAUCGGACACUUAUAAUUUUAUAGAGUUAUGUUCGAGCCACACCCAAUUUUCUUUAAGUGAGAGAGUUAAAUUUGACGUAACUCUCUUCCAUCAAAACAUAUUGAGAGAGUUAACAUAUAUGUAACUCUCUGUUGUUAUGCUUUUGAAGGGAGGAGAGAGUUGUCAUCAGUGGAAUUUUUAUUUUAAAGUCAACGCCGCUCGUAUUUUGAAAACUUAGCAAUUAGCGAUAAGAACGUACGUUGUUGAUUACUUCAAGAAGAAAGUAGCUGGACAGUAAGAAUCAAAGUAAAAAUGACUUCGAUGUCUUCAAUUGUUGUGGCGUAGUAAAGCAAACUACCGGUACAACUAACAAAGCGGCCUACUAGUAUACGCCUACAAUAUUUCAAACAACUUUUAACUAAUUAAGCGGUUCAACUCACAGUUCGAAUUUAUAUGGUCUAAGAAAGGUCAUGUAUUGCUCAAGUAACGGUAUUCUUGCUCUUGGUUCAAAUCAAAGUACAAUAAUAACAACCAAGAGUUGUGAACUCUUGAAUAUGUGAACUUUCUCAUAAUUUGUUAUGUUUUGACAAACGAGAUUUAUAUCAAAUUUAACUCUCGCUUGUUAGUUGAAAAGAAGCAUCGGGAGAGUUUUAUAUAAACUUUAUUUUGAUGUUUUCCCCAUGCAAAAGCCGAGCUUAGGUAGGGAGAUCACAUUGAAUAUGGUCGCUGGAGAAAGUCGGUGUGGUUCGAACUAAACUCUCCGAAAUCUUAACUAUCCAAUUUAAUUAUUUCUCUGUAAUCAAUUUAGUGAUACCCUACAUGGUUGUUUAUGUAUUGUUUUUCUCCCGUACUGUUGUAACUUACGCAACUGUUUGACUUUCAGAUGCCAGCAACCUCUGCAAGUCAUCUUCGCUUCGUAAUAAAGUCUGGUUAUGAUCACUUUGCAGCUGUGUAUCAAGUCGCCAUCGAUGGUUCUUUGGACGAUUAAUCAACAAAACUUAUUCGGGAGGGGGAGUACAAUUAUUGAUAUGUUAAUUAGUAUUUUCAAUGUUUCUACGCGGGCAUAUUUAAAACAUCGUGAAGAAACUGUAGAAAAUGAUAUGUACAGAAACUUUUCGUUUGACAAUUUAUUUUGAUCAGAAUCUAACCGUCCAUCCCUACACAUGCGAAAUUUGUGGUUAUAAUAUCAUUGCCCAUGUACAGGGCUCAGAGGUUGAGCUCCCAUCGUUAAAAUUUCCUUUGGCUCCUUUCAGAGUGGGCCUGGGCUUCUUCACUUCCCUGGGGCCGCUCGCUAUAUAUAUAGUACAAUAUGCAGAUAUGUAAUUCUGCAGACAUGCAAUAUAUAUAUUUAUUUUUUUAUUUGUGCAUGCCUAGUGAUAUUUUUUUAUUUCCUGCAAUGGUCCAAAGUCGACGCUAUCGAUACUAAAGAUAGUAAAAUACAGUGAAUUUAGCUACUUCAGUGGACUUAGUGGCAAACCCGAAAUGUACUUUUCUCCGACCAAAAUGCGAAAAAAACAAAUAUAAACAUUGAAAAAACGCUUGCCAG